AUGUCUGCGCCAUAUUGGGGUGCAUUGCCCCAGCCCAAGGGCAUCCAAAGCCGACGAGUCUCGGCAGACUACACUAAUGAAUUCUCGCCAAACGACCAGAGACGCUCGCUAGACGUCCAGCCGCAACGGAAGGCGAACCGUGCCUCAAUCCAGACAACUUACACCGAGGCUCCCACCGACACAACUUUCAGUCCCAACUCCCCGACGUCGGCAGCUGAGUACCAAGGUCUGGCUCCCAGGCCAGCCUCGUAUCGUGGAUUCGGGUUUCCUCAAGAGCAAACAUAUGAAGGAUACGACAGGCAAGAUCGACGGUCAAACCGCAUCUCCGACGAUUUCGGUGCCGCCUCUCCAGCUCCCUCUGCCACGGAUACUAUAAUUCGAGGGCCACCUACAAACUACCGCGAUCCUUACGCAAACGAAUCUCAGCGAGACGGCGAACGGCGCAAAAAGUUAACAGACAAUCGAUCACCCCUCCAGAGGCUUGAGCUGACGCUCGACAGCAUGACCAAAGAGGAAAAGAGGGCAAGAGUGGAAGCUGCAGAACAACGAGCCAGAGCAAGGGCUGCGAAGAGGGCUGCCGCUGAAACUGGCGAAAGCCGUCCUCAAACCCUCGACUAUCAGUCCUCGCCCUCAACUCCCAGCCGACGCCAACAACAGCCUCCGGCAGCGGUUGAGCCAAUUAGCCCAGCAGCUCAGAGAAUAACGCCCCAGCGAGAUGCUGCCCCUCCCAAAGAUUCGGUCACGCAACCGAUAUCCCCCCCACGACGAGUAGCCGAAGACCAAUACUAUCGUCAGAAUCAGGAUCAGGGCCCCCGUCAGCCCAGACAAUUACCGCAGCCACCGGUGCGUGAGGAGCGCCAGCCGCGGCAGUUACCUCAACCGCCUCGCAGAGCUUAUCCACAGGAAGCCCCCCGGCCCGAUGAUCAACACCGAUACUUUAGCCAAGAGUCUCCUCAGCGGCCUCGAGCUAGCAUGGAUCAGAGACAAUUUGUUCAAGAGACCGAUGUUCCUCAGCGCAAUCUUAGCUUCCGCGAACGUGAUAUUUGGCGUGAAGCGAAGCCUCUUGGCGCAGAUGUGAACCAACCGACAAAGGAAUCCAGCGGCUUUUCCUUGACACGCAGUGGAAGUAACAAGUUGAAAAAGGACCCCCCAGCGGAUGUUUGGCACCGGAUACGCGUCGAAGCAGAGCGACGACUGCCACCGGGAUCGCAGCCUGGAGAGGCUCAAUACAAAGACCCAACCCAGUCUCCCAGGGCCGCAGCAGGGACAGCACCACUACCACAAGAACGCAACAGAGAGCAGGCCCCCUUACCUCUUGUGGCAAACAAUGGACCGAAUGCUCGGCCAGAAACAAAGAGGCAUUCCCAGUCUGCUACCGAGGCCGAGAUCCAGGCUAUGCAACGGCGGGCUACUGAGCCCAUCUACGCCCGGGAAGAGAGAGGGCUUAACGCCGAAUAUGCCCCCGCGGCUGCCAUUGGCAGGAUCAUUUACGAGGCGAGUCAAAAAGCCCGAGGACGCUUUCCACAGUCGAACCCAGCAGCAAAGAGCUUGGAAGAUCAGACGGACCAUGAUCUAAUAAAGGAUACACAGGAGCCCCAGGAACCCCAGGAGUCACAGAUUCCGCAUAUGCCACAGGAACAGAGGGCGAUGCGAAUGCCACGGGAACCACAAAUGCAACACAUGCCACAGGAACAGAGGGCAAUGCGAAUGCCGCAGGAACCGCGAAUGCCACAGGAACCACAAACGCUACAACCGCAGAUGCUACAACCACAACUGCCACACAUGCCACAGGAGCCGCAGGAGCUAGAGGAGCGUCACGAAUCAAGACUGGUAUUCAAGAACCCAGCAGAGAUGCACCCUGGCGAUGGCUUAUACAAUUCUCCUCAGUGGCUGGAUGAAUGGAAGAAGGGUACCGUCGGUACUCUAUCCGGUACUCUUCUCGACCUCAAUGGACCUAUGCCGGCUGGGUCAGUAGAGAAGAUCAGCGGCUGGGGGGACAGGGAGCAAGGAGGCCAACACAGAAGAAACGCCAGCAUGACGACGAGGCCGCGCAAGGCCGAAGCGUUUGAUGGUGAGUAUGACAAUACGAAUGGCGCACCCACUCGAUUCAAACCACCCUUGUACCUCAAAUGCGGCCCGCUUCUGAGAUACUGCGGCAUGCGGCAUGAACAAGCCCCACCAAGGCCUCGGGGUGCAAAUGCUGCUCAAGACCGUGAGAUUUGGAGGGGAAGCGUCAUGAUUGUCACCAAUGAUGCAGAAUCAUCCUAUGAAAUUGCGCCGACGCUCCGGCUCUUUGUACAGGAUGUUGAAUUGUUACCUCCACCUCCACAUCAGGUCGAUGGCGAACUCUCACCUGAGUAUGUGGAUCCCAUCGCUGGGCAUCCCAAGCUUGGCCGUCGUGGUGAGACGCUGUAUGUUCGGCCUGUGGACCACCUUGAAGAGGGCAGAGAUUUGUCGCAUGUCGAGUCCGAGGAUGGAUUGUUCGAGACUACAAGGAGUCCGCCAGAUGAGCCUUUGCCGCAAGGGCUUAGCGACUAUCCCGGAUCAUUUGCUAGCCGUCGAGGACGGGUAGAUAUUGAUGGGGAGAAGAUGCAGAAGUACAAGGACGUGAGGGGCUUCCGUCUUCAUGCCGAACGAGGUUGUACGUUCUGGCGGUUCAACAUUGAGGUUGAGCUUCGGGAACAGCAACAGCGAAUCGCAUACCGCAUUAACCGUGGCCCAGCCAUGGCCUUCUGGGUUCCCGCACGUAGACAAACAAUGAACAUGAUGUUUUAUACUUGCAACGGCUUCAGUCUCACCGUCAAUUCCAACGAGAUGAGUGGGCCUGAUCCCAUGUGGCGCGAUGUCUUGAACGCGCACCAGACACAGCCAUUCCAUGCCAUGAUUGGCGGAGGAGACCAGAUCUACAACGACUGCGUGGCCUACGACAGCCCGCUGUUUGACGAAUGGCUACAAAUAAACGUUGCAGAGAAGAAGCUGAACGCAGCUUUCACGCCCGAGUUACAGGCUGAGCUGGAGUCCUUCUACUUGGAGCGAUAUUGCACCUGGUUUUCACAAGGCUUGUUCGGAUUGGCCACCUCGCAAAUCCCCAUGGUCAACAUGUAUGAUGACCAUGACAUAUUCGACGGAUACGGUUCCUACUCUCAUCCUGACAUGAGCUCACCUGUAUUCUCUGGGCUGGGGCGCGUGGGUUUCAAAUACUACAUGCUCUUCCAACAUCAAAGCAUUGUUACCGAGACGGAAGCUUCUGAACCAAGCUGGAUCUUGGGUGAGCAGCCAGGCCCGUAUAUCCAAGAGGUUAGCCGCAGUCUUUAUAUGUCGAUGGGUGGAAAAGUUGCUUUACUUGCUGUGGACGCCCGCACCGAGAGAACCGAAGACACGGUCCUGGAUGAGAAGACUUGGGAAAAAAUCACAAGCAGGAUGUACGCAGAGAUCAGACGGGGACAGGUGGAGCACCUACUUGUGCUUCUAGGUGUUCCCAUUGCUUAUCCCCGUCUGGUAUGGCUGGAGAAUAUAUUGACCUCGAAAUUGAUGACUCCGGUUAAAGCACUUGGCAGGACAGGAGUGCUCGGUAAACAUAUGAACAAUAUUGACGGUGGUUAUGAGAUUCUGGAUGAUCUCAAUGACCACUGGACAGCCAAGAAUCAUAAAAAAGAACGCACAAUCAUCAUUGAGGAUUUGCAAGAUUUGGCUAUCGACCGAUCUGUUCGAAUCACCAUCUUGAGUGGCGACGUUCACCUUGGCGCCAUUGGCCAGUUUUAUUCCAACCCCAAGUUGGGCCUACCAAAGCACAAGGACCCUAGGUACAUGCCCAACAUUGUAUCUUCUGCCAUCGUCAACCGCCCGCCCCCGGACAUUGUUGCCGACAUGCUCAACAAGCGCAACAAGGUUCAUCACUUUGACAAACAGACCGAUGAGUGCAUGAUUCCGAUUUUCCAAAACGGCGUCGAUGGCAAACCGAGGAACAACAAGAAUCUCCUGCCUCAUCGCAACUGGUGCUCUAUUCGCAUGUGGACCCCUGGCAGCACACCGCCGCCCACGCCACCCAUGUCUGACCGAGGAAGAAGUCGAAGCCCAGGAGGAGGCGGAAGUUUGCUCCGAAGACUCUCCUCUAGGCGGCGAAAGUCUACUUCACAACAGCCCUUUGAUGUUUCACGAGAAUCUCAACGCCCCGGAGGUGGAGUGACUCGAACAAUGUCACUUGGUCGCGGAGAGGCGGCACAGCAAAGGGCUGACAUGACAUACCACGGACAUUAUGGUAGCCAGGACCACCGAGCCCAGGCCCAGCAACCACGUCCUUCGGGUCUCCGUGGAGGAGGCGGUAGCGAUUACGAUGAGUUCUCGGCGGGCGACGAGGCCCAAUUCAUGGCUCAAACGCCUCGACGAGCCCAGACUGUCAACUACCACGCCGGCCCUGCUGGUGGCUACGAAGUGGAUGACCCAUCCGCUCCUCGCCCUUUCCAUCGAACGCCUACCGGGCUGUCAACAAAAGAGUUGAAACAAGCCGAGAAGCACGAAGUUAAUCUGGAAGGAGGCCUGGACAUCUCUCUGAAUAUGGAGGUAAACCCCAAAGACCCCACAGGCAUUACCGUCCCAUACCGAAUCUUGGUGCCCAAGCUGUUUUAUGAAUACUCGUCCAAGGACGACCUGUUCCAAGCAGCGGAGCCAACUGGCAUCAAGAAGUUCCUCAGUUUUAGAAAGAAGCCCAAGGCUCCUUCUGCGGAACUUGAGGGAGAGCAAACGGAAGAGAUGGGAUACGAUGACAGCGAAAUGUAUGACGAUAGAUACUAG